GUCUGCAGUCAGCCAGCCGCGGAGCCGGGAGAUGAGUGUCGAAGGAGGCGCGUGACGGAGAAGCGGUUGGCCGACUCCGCGGCGGCAGUCGUUGUAAACAAGGCCUCGCGCCGCUCCGGGCCCUACGACCGCUCCUGGCUGGAUCGGGAAAGGUUUGUGUUCCCGAAGCCUUGGGAGUUGUUACAGGCUAAGGAGAAGGGAUCUCAGUCUCUAGGAAGGGUCGCCCUCCUAGAGACAGCUACUAUCGUAUCUCAGGACGCUCUGGUGUUUCUAGAGCAGGCUUUGCUUUCACCAAAUCCAAGGAGGUGACAGGAGGAGUCCCUGCACAGGACUUAAGGAUGCUGUGACCAGAAGAUGGGAUCACGGAACAGCAGCAGCGCAGGAACUGGGUCCGGAGACCCUUCCGAGGGCUUGCCCCGAAGAGGGACUGGCCUGCGUAGGAGUGAGGAAGAGGAAGAGGAGGAUGAAGAUGUGGAUCUGGCCCAGGUACUGGCCUAUCUCCUACGCAGAGGCCAAGUGAGGUUGGUGCAGGGAGGAGGUGCAGCAAAUUUACAGCUCAUCCAGGCCCUCUCGGACUCGGAGGAAGAGCAUGACAGUGCCUGGGAUGGUCGUCUUGGAGACCGAUACAACCCACCCGUGGAUGCAACCCCUGACACACGGGAGCUGGAAUGCAAUGAGAUCAAGACACAAGUGGAAUUGGCCACAGGGCGGCUGGGGCUUAGGCGGGCAGCCCGGGAGCACAGCUUUCCUCAAAUGCUGCACCAGAGAGAACGGGGCCUCUGCCACCAGGGAAGCUUCUCCCUUGGAGAACGGUCUCGAAUGAUGUCUCACUUCUUGCCCAAUGAUCUGGGCUUCACUGAUACCUACUCUCAGAAGGCUUUCUGUGGCAUCUACAGCAAAGAUGGUCAAAUCUUCAUGUCUGCUUGCCAAGACCAGACAAUCCGACUGUAUGACUGCCGGUAUGGCCGCUUUCAUAAAUUCAAGAGCAUCAAGGCCCGGGAUGUAGGCUGGAGCGUCUUGGAUGUGGCCUUCACCCCUGACGGGAACCAUUUCCUUUACUCCAGCUGGUCUGAUUACAUUCAUAUCUGCAACAUCUACGGGGAGGGAGACACACAUACUGCCCUGGAUCUAAGGCCAGAUGAGCGUCGCUUUGCUGUCUUCUCCAUCGCUGUCUCCUCAGAUGGGCGAGAAGUGCUAGGAGGGGCCAAUGAUGGCUGCCUGUACGUCUUUGAUCGAGAACAGAACCGACGUACCCUUCAGAUUGAGUCCCAUGAGGAUGAUGUGAAUGCGGUGGCCUUUGCUGACAUCAGCUCCCAAAUCCUGUUCUCCGGGGGUGACGAUGCCAUCUGCAAAGUGUGGGAUCGACGCACCAUGCGGGAGGAUGACCCCAAGCCCGUGGGUGCGCUGGCUGGACAUCAAGAUGGCAUCACCUUCAUUGACAGCAAGGGAGAUGCCCGGUAUCUCAUCUCCAACUCCAAAGACCAGACCAUCAAGCUCUGGGAUAUCCGACGCUUUUCUAGCCGGGAAGGCAUGGAAGCCUCUCGCCAGGCUGCCACACAGCAAAACUGGGACUACCGCUGGCAGCAGGUGCCCAAAAAAGCCUGGCGGAAGCUGAAGCUCCCAGGGGACAGCUCCUUGAUGACCUACCGGGGCCAUGGGGUGCUGCAUACCCUCAUCCGCUGCCGAUUCUCCCCCACCCAUAGCACCGGCCAGCAGUUCAUCUACAGUGGCUGCUCCACUGGCAAAGUGGUCGUGUACGACCUCCUCAGCGGCCACAUCGUGAAGAAGCUGACCAACCACAAGGCCUGUGUGCGUGACGUCAGCUGGCACCCCUUCGAGGAGAAGAUUGUCAGCAGUUCGUGGGACGGGAACCUGCGUCUGUGGCAGUACCGCCAGGCUGAGUAUUUCCAGGAUGACAUGCCAGAGUCUGAGGAACACCCGAGCACCCCUGCCCCAAUGUCCCACCCCUCUACAGCCUUUUCCUCACCCCAGUAGAUCUGACUUCCAGCCCCAUUCAUGGGUGAGCCUUUUGA